ACGGUUUGUUGUCUGACUUGGGAGUUCAACCGCCUAAGCUUCCCUCACAUAACCCAUGAAUCUGACAACAAAAGAGUCGUCAAGACUACGCCUUGACUUGAAUUGAGCUUUUGCAUGACCUGAGUAUAUUAAUCUUGAUCCCUCAUCUCAUUAUAUUCUUCUCAAUUGAGGCUGUCACCACUUGGACUUGAAACUACUCCUUUUCUGCUGUCUUAAUCCUCAAUAUGUCGGUUCCCUACCUUCUCAAUAGCCCCUCGGGCCACAUUCCUGCCUCGCAACGUAUUCCCAUCAUUGCUCAGCCAUGGGUCUCGGACAGAGCCAAAAAGACAUUGGACCUGGUUGAGCGGUUCGUCGAAGAAGAAUGUAUUCCAGCCGACGCCGUCUUCGCCCAGCAGGUUGGCCAAGGCACUGUCGCCCGAUUUGACUCGCAUCCUCAGGUGAUUGAGGAUCUUAAGACCAAGGCCAAGAAACUCGGAUUAUGGAACAUGUUCCUGCCCAAGAACCAUUUCAAGGAAGGGGCCGGUUUCAGCAAUCUUGAGUACGGCCUCAUGGCCGAGUAUCUUGGCAAGUCUGUUACUGCCAGUGAAGCCACCAACUGUGCUGCCCCCGACACGGGCAACAUGGAGGUUUUUGCCAAGUAUGGUACUGAGGAGCAAAAGAAGAAGUGGCUUGUCCCUCUUCUGAACGGCGAAAUCCGUUCUGCUUUCCUCAUGACGGAGCCACAGGUUGCCAGCUCUGAUGCCACCAACAUCGAGCUGGAUAUGAAGAAGGAUGGCGACUACUGGGUUUUGAACGGCCAGAAAUGGUGGUCCUCAGGUGCCGGUGACCGCCGAUGCAAGAUUUACAUUGUCAUGGGCAAAUCGGACCCCAACAACUCAAACCCAUACAAGCAACAGUCUGUGAUCCUGGUCCCCGCAGAUACUCCGGGUAUCACCAUCAACCGCAUGCUUUCGGUCAUUGGUUUCGAUGAUGCGCCCCACGGACACGGUCAUCUCACCUUCAAUAACGUGCGUGUGCACAAGAGCAACAUGGUUCUGGGUGAGGGCCGUGGCUUCGAGGUCGUCCAGGGACGUCUCGGACCUGGCAGAAUUCAUCAUGCCAUGAGAUCAGUCGGAGCUGCCGAACGCGCACUAGAGUACUUCAUCGCUCGCCUGCACGACCCUGCCAAGAAGCCAUUUGGCAAGCAGUUGUACGAGCAUGGCAUUCAGCUCGAACGUGUCGCCAAGUCACGGAUUGAGAUCGACUCCGCCCGUCUCGCCGUGCUUAACGCCGCCAUCAAGAUCGAUCAGUCUAACGCCAAGGACGCCCUCAAGGAGAUCGCCGAGGUUAAGAUUCAAGUCCCUAAGACUCUCCUGGACGUCCUCGACCGCGCCAUCCAAGCGUACGGUGGUGCUGGUGUGUCACAGGAUACUCCACUGGCCAAUAUGUGGGCUAGUGGACGCACCAUGAGAAUUGUCGAUGGUCCUGAUGAGGUGCACAUGUUGCAGCUGGGCCGCAAUGAGAACAAGAGAGGCCCCAACCUCCUGAAGAGAAUUGAGGCCCAGAAGGCCAAGACGAGAGAACUGUUCAAGAGUUACGGCCUCCAAGAGAAGGAUGUCUUGGAGUUGAAGAGGGUCAGUGGCGGACAGUCAAAAUUGUAAAAGCUGCGUAUCUGCUCAUAUAGUCUGUCCUGCAUUUUGUGCAUAUAUACCUCGAGUAGGCUGAUCGAUAUCAAAGUUGCCUUCUUUUUGCCAA